AACAACAAACCACACCUAAGCUAAGCUACACUUCCAAAUCAUCAUCUCAACUUCUCAAGCACACAGUGAUCGAGAAGCUACUGGAAGCAUCUAGAAGGGGUUCCAGGUCUCGAUCGAUGGAGAGGGUGGCGAAGCUGGCGUCGGAGAGGGCGGUGGUGGUGUUCACGGCGAGCAACUGCGGCAUGUGCCACGCCGUGACGAGCCUCCUCGUCGGCGAGCUGGGCGUCAACGCCGCCGUGCACGAGCUCGACAAGGACCCCCGCGGCAGGGACAUGGAGAGGGAGCUCGCCAGGAGGCUCAACGGCGGCGGCGGCGGCGGCCGCGCCCUGCCGGCGGUGUUCGUCGGAGGCAACCUCGUCGGCGGCGCCAACCGGGUCAUGUCGCUCCACCUCGCCGGCGAGCUCGUCCCCAUGCUCAAGAACGCCGGCGCGCUCUGGCUCUAGUGUAUAUACGUGUGUGCAUGCAGAAUGCAGUUAAUGCAGCGAAUUAAGCCAGGUUUUUUAUGUCCUCCUGUGCUGAUGAGAAUAAAUCAAAUCGAUCGAUCGAGUGGUGUAAUGGUGAAGUUGUUGUAAAUGUCGUCCAUUUCGAUAAAUAAAUUUAGUUCUGAUGAAAAUGUUCUAACUUUUUAUUAAUUUAA